AGUGCAUAAGUUGUUGUAAAAGCAAAAAAAACAAAAGAAUUGCCACUUCUGUUAUUUCUAUUCUCAAACGUGCUUCAACUGGUAGUACAUAAGCUAGCUUCGAUAAGAUCUCAACUUGAUAGCAUCUUUGCCAUUACCUGAACAACCACUCGCUGUGCUUCAUAGUUGCUAAUGUUGCGUGUACGAAUAUAUAAAUGAUGCCACUGUUUAUCGAGCAAACAGUACAAACUUUGCAGUACAACUUGACGAAAAUAUCGGUCGCUACCGCUUAUCUGCCAUGGGACAAUUCUGUUAUUUCGCAAAGAUGAACCGUUUCUACGCCAUCGGCUUCGUGACUUUCGCCACCAUCAUCGUCACCACCAGUGCAUCGUCAGUUAAUAUUUGUGAAGGUGUGGCCGAUAACAUCUUUGUCACGGACAUUUCGAACUGCUCCAAUUAUUUUCUCUGCGUCAAGGGCCAACCGAUCUCACAGCAAUGUCGGGACAAUUUGUCCUUCAAUGCAGCUACACAAUCGUGUGUGGCAUCUAAAUCUGCCUGCUUGUCGUGUGACAAAAAUGUAUUGACGACGAUAGCAUUGAGCAAGACUUGCAACAAAUAUGUGCUCUGUUUCGCCGGUACUCCGCUAUUACAACAAUGCGCCGAUACUCUGCAUUUCAAUCCUAACUUGGGCGCCUGCGAUUUGGCCAAGAAUGUCGAUUGUGUUGCGAACUACUGCUCCAUUUACCAAAGUGCAGAUAAUAUUGUCUACGUACGCAGCCAGGCGGCGUGCGCAAAAUAUUUCAUUUGUAUGAAUGGCGAGCCACAAAAUAAAAUCUGCGUCAAUGGCUUGUACUUCAACACCGAUUGCAAUUGCUGCGAUUUACCUGCCAAGGCCAAUUGCACCAUAUCGAGCACCAAAUCACGCACGAUUCAAACGGCUGCUAUGCUCGCUCCUCGCAUGGUUGACAUUAAAUGUCCUGCUGAUGGCAUUCACUUUAUCGCUCAUCGUAACGCCAAUCAGUACUUCAUGUGCGUAAAUGGUAAGGGUGCUCUCAUGAGUUGCGCAGCUAGUCUGUACUUUGACAAAGAACGUGGCGUUUGCCGCCGUCAAGAAGACAUCCUCCGGAAGCAUUAGUUUUCUCAUCUUUUAAUAAAUCUAAUUGGUUACGUACAUACAUAUGCACCUAAGAGUAUUUAGUUG